AUGCCUUCCUUUGUCACUUCUUCACCUUGCUCCCAGCAGGUUCUUUUUUUUUUUUUUCUUCCCCUUUUUCUCUCUUCCUUCUUUUGUUCCGUCUUCAUUCACCGAAGGACACCAAAGUGGCUUCCGCGGGAAGAUUCGGAGGCGCUGGGAGCUCUCCCCUCUGAAGAGAGACCGUGUGGAAGGGAUUUUUUUGGGAAGCCGCUGCUUAACCACCUUUACCUCCCGGCCCCCCUCCGCCCAGCCUCCUUGUGCCUCCCCCCCGCGGGGAGCAAAGCCAGUCCAUUGGAAGUUCGGGGGCCUUUUGCUGGGUUCGGCCGAGGAGAGACGGGGAGGACCUCGUCCUCGUCCCGGUAG